ACAUGUCUUAUUUACCAACAAUAAACCUAGGUACCUCGGUUGGCCGCGUGGGUCAGAGUGUCGUGCUAGUGAUCAGCCGGCCGGCCGGGCCGCGAGUUCGAAUCUCACUUUUGCCAUGGAUGUUGUGACGUCGUGUGUUUGUCCAUAAUUAGAUAUAUAUAUAUAUCAACCUAGUUUCUGGCUGCAUGGCUUGGUCGUAAAGCAA